GUGUUUUUCUACUUGAUAAUCAACGUUGUUCAGAUAAUGAAGCAUUUAAAUUGAGUGAUACAUUUAGCUGCCCCACAAGUAUCGUACUUCUCCUUUGAUCAGUACGUGGUCAUAUUUACUAAAAGAACCAUGAUAAGGUUCUUCUUACUUUUGUCCGUUUUAUCGGCUACAACAAUCGCUAUUGAUAAAACAGUUUUUAAGAACUGUUCAAGAGUGGAGUUUUGCACUAAAUAUCGUAACUUUGAGCCAAAUGAAAAGGACAAGUAUUCUGCUGAUCUGAAAUCCUUGACUAUAGAUGACAAAACGAACGUUGUAAAAGUUCCUCUUAAAAAUGACAAUGGCGAUACGCUGAAUUUACUUAUAACUCUAUUGGAAGGAAAUAAAGUGAGAACUCAAAUUCAAGAACCUUCGACGACCAGGUUCGAUUUGAGCGACAUUAUUCUGGUAGAAGACCUCAAAUCUCUACCGGUUAAAAAAUCUUCCAUAGGUCCAAAUAAUGUAUACAUUCAACCUAUAGACACCAGUAACAAUCAACGCGUUUACAUUGAAGCAGGACCUCCAUUUGUUAUUACCUUCACUAGCGACAAAGAAAAACGAGUGGUCUUAGAUGGAAACAAUUUCGUAAUGGAACAUACAAGCAAAAGUCAAGUUUUUACGUUCAAAGUAAGCUUUCCUCAAGCAGACAGGUUGUAUGGCUUGCACGAUCAUGCGUAUAAAAUGAAUCUGGGUACUACUAACAAUGGCAGUGCUAACACCAUGGACCCGUUUAGGUUCAGGAAUUCCGAUGCGUGGGGAUAUGAAGCCAAUUCACCGAUGGCUCUAUAUGGAUCUCGACCAGUUGUAAUAGGCUACAAACCCGAAAAAACGUCUGCGAUUUUUCUUCUAAACGCCGCAGAGCAAUGGAUUGAUGUCGCGUCUGACAUAGAUAACCCAUAUGCGUAUUUUAUAGUAGAAAAAGGAGCUUUUGAUUUGUUCACCUUAUUAGGACCCACACCUAAAGAUUUUGUACGACAGUUCACAGGUUUGACGGGCCGUGCUCAUUUACCCCAAAUCUGGGCUUUGGGUUACCACCAGUGCAGAUUCUCAUACAAAUCCCAAGAUGAUGUCAAAACCGUAGUGGCUCUUAUGGGCCAAAAUGACUUUCCAUUCGACGUUAUUUACUUAGACGGUGAUCACACCGACGACUACAGAUGGUUCCAUUGGAAUCAUACUACUUACACGGACCCCAUAGAAAUGUUUAACAACAUUUCAGCUGCAGGCAGGCUAGCUGUAUCCAUCUCAGAUCCGCACAUUAAAGUUGAAGACACUUACGAUGUGUACAUAGGAGCUAAAGAAAAAUACUUUACGAAAUGGGCGAACGGUUCCAAUUAUGAAGCUGACUGUUGGCCUGGAAAAUCGAGCUGGAUUGAUUACAUGAUUCCUGAGGCAUCUGAUUAUUACGCAAGUUGGUACUCGUACAAAAAAUUCAACGGAAGUACCCCGACAUUAGCAGGAAUUUGGAACGACAUGAACGAGCCAGCAGUUUUCGAUGAAACUAUCGAAAAGACCAUGCCUUGGGAGGUUCUGCAUAUGGGAAAAGUACCACACGGGGAGAUUCACAACAUCUACGGCUUCACUCAUGUUAGAUCAACACACAAAGGUUUGAUGGACAGAGACAAUGGUUUGAAGCGACCGUUCAUUCUGACUCGUUCCCAUUUCGCCGGUUCUCAACGAUACGCAGCCAUGUGGACGGGUGACAAUUCCGCCACCUGGGAGCAUUUCGCUAACACCUACUCCGAAUGCAUGAACGCAAAUAUGAUGGGAAUGGUAUUCUGCGGUGCUGAUAUCGGAGGUUUCAUUGGUGAUCCAUCGGACGAACUACUACAAAGAUGGUACCAGGGAGCGAUGUGGUUGCCUUUCUUCAGGGGCCAUUCGAGUAGAGAGGCGAAAAGACGCGAGCCCUACUUAUUCUCGAAAGAAGUACAAGCUGUGUUAAGGAAAGCCCUAAAAACCAGAUACCAGCAUAUACCUUCAUUCUACACCUUGUUCUUCGAGCACACGAGAACUGGUGAUCCGAUUAUUCGACCACUCUACUACGAUUAUCCAGAGGUAUACGAUGCCGAUACUCAAGUUUUAGUAGGAACGGAUAUAAUGGGUGUUGCUAUUACCAAACCCGGUGUAAAUCAAACGGAAGUAGUUUUGCCAGGAGCCAACCAAUGGUGGUACCGAGCUGAUCGUGAAUUUAUUGAUCCACUUCUUGGUGAUGGAAAGUUGACUAUAGAUGUUGACAUUAAUUCAUCUCCAUUCUUCUACCGAGCUGGAAGUAUAAUUUUCAGGAAGGAUAGACCCCGAGACACAGCAGUAGCUGCAAUAAACGAUUCUUACACAGUCUACGUAAACUGUGACCAGAGUCAAAAUGCUGCAGGAAGACUAUACAUAGACGAUUACUUUAGCUUCGACUACGCUAAUAAGGAUAACUAUUUAUACAUUAAUGCUACAUACGACAACGUUGAAAAGACUUUAACUUUGGAAUCAAUUGAUGGUGAUAGCACUGGAUUAGAUGCAGUAUUCGAACAAGUUGUUAUAAACAAAGUUAACUUUACAGAAGGUGUUUACAAAACACAACAGGAUGUGUUCACUAAGUCCUAUGAUGGCAUUCCUCUUUCGGAAAUAAGCAUUGGUAGUGCUCUAAGAAAAAAUAACAAAUAUACAAUGAAACUUAUGUAAUUGCAAUUGAUUGUACCGAUUUGUGAGUAAAUGAAAUAAGAAAAUGAUAA